AUGCCAGGAGUAGGCAGAGGCCUCGCCUCAACCUCAACCUCAGCGGCGCACACUUUAUUCAUCUCGUUUACAGUCCUGGGCAUUGCCCAGGACUGCACUGCUUCUUAUCUCCAGACCUCUUCUUUAAACAACAAGAACAACGAGCAGCGUGUUAGUAGAGCAUUCAGUCAACACUUCCCCUUUUGCCGUCCGGAAGGCUGCGAUCCUUCGGCUCCCUCGUUUGAAGACUUUGAGUAUUUAUUCGGUAUCGACUGUGCGGGCAAUGAUGCGAUCGAGACAUAUAGCGAGCGCGAAAGUUCCCCGUCAUCCACCGCCUACUCACCAUCGUCAGAGAACGAGAAUGCCGACAGCAUUCUUUUGGAAUUAGGAGAAUCAUUCGGAACUCAGCAAAACCGCUUCUUAGGCCGCGGCCACGGCCACGGCCUCAACAUCCCCCAUUCUCCCAUCAUCGACCCUACCCACCACCCUUGGGAAGAAACCUAUCCUCCCUUGGAAGAAACCUUGACCCCUUUGGAAAAUUUGGAAGACAUCCAGCAACAGCAGCAGCAAGCCACCAGUCCAAUCUCGGUUAAAGAAACAACAACGGGCUCUCAAGACAAUGACACCACUCGACCCCGUUGUAGUAUGUGCGACAGGAACUUCGCUAGCAAAAGCAUCUUGGCGCGGCAUUUCAAAAUCAAACAUGCAGCCAAGCGGGACUAUUGGGUUUGCACUGUCAAGACUUGUUCCAAAUACAUGAAGGAAGUCAGUAUGAAGUAUAAUUUCAGGCGGCACUGCAGAACGAAACACCCGACGGUGGAUCUCAAGCAGUUUGAUCUCUGAGUAAUGUUGACCGCAGCUCGUCCCUCACGCUGAGGCCACCGGACCCUGUUUGGGAUCGCGGGGUCUUUGAGGUGGCCUCCAGCGUGAGGGACGAGCUACCGCUUCACCAGUCUCACCGUCAGCGGAAUCUCUAAGGCCCGGUGACGGUGAGGCCUGUGAAGCGCAUCACUUCAUUUUCUCUUAGACCUUAUUAUAAACACAAUAUAUACGCCUAUUCUUUAAUGCUGCACCAUCUCAACUGUCUUUUGUGUGUUCCUUUACGCUUGUGUAGAUAUGUGUAGUAUACAGCCCAGCUGAAAAUAUGCACCUGUGCUAGCUACUUGUCCAGCUUUGGUGCUCAGGAGAAGCCUCUUAAAGACUGUAACACUUCUUUUCAUUUUGAGGAGUAGUUCUAGUUGUACAACUGUUUGAGCCUGUAGUUCACUGUCUAUUUGCGCUGAAAUGCCUCGGCCUAAGUUAGGAUACUUGUGUGAAGCAACUUGCAGACAUUUGAACCCUGG